CAGAUAGGUUUAGUUUAGUCUUUGGGAUCGCAUCGUACAUCCAGGAGACUCUGUGCACUUAGGUCGUGCUGUCUGAAUAGCUUUUGUAGAUAUUUAUCCCUGAAAGCCGCGCUGCCCGAAGCCAUGGGAGAGGCCGAGACGCGCCAGAAGCUGCUGCGCAAUGUAAAGAAGGAGGUGAAACAAAUUAUGGAGGAAGCAGUAACCAGGAAAUUCGUGCAUGCAGACAGCAGCCACGUUAUAUCUUUCUGUGCUGUUGUAGAGGCCUGUGUGCUGCAUGGGCUUAAGCGCCGUAUUGCAGGCCUGCUGUGCACUAAUAAGGUCGCUGCGCUCUUUAUGAAAGUGGCAAAGAGCUUUUCGCCCGCUGAUGAACUCUGCCGCAAGGUCCAGGAAGUGGAGCAGCUUAUAGAAAACAGCAAACAGAACAAUUCCUCACUGAGUAAUGACCGCACUCGGCAGUCCAAGCUGCCCAACCUCCCUCCUCAAGCACUGAAAAACCUUUGGACUCGAACAGCCCUGAUGGAGAAGCUCUUGGACAAAAUUGUCCUGUACUUGGUGGAAAACAGCAGUGCAUUUUAUGAUAAAGAAGCCAUGCUGAUGGAUCCUGUGGAUGGUCCAAUCCUUGCAUCUCUAUUGGUUGGCCCCUGUGCUUUGGAGUACACCAAAGUUAAGACUGCAGACCAUUUCUGGACAGACCCGUCUGCUGACGAGCUUGUACAGCGCCACCGAAUCCACAGCGGCCACUGUCGGCAGGAUUCUCCUUCUAGAAGGCCUGCCCUGAUACAGAAGAGACAGUCCAGUGGCAGCAUGGAUGACCGGCCUCUCAUGUGGGUGAGAGAUUAUGUUGAAUCCCUCCACCAAAACUCCAGAGCCACACUCCUGUUCGGGAAGAACAAUGUCCUGGUGCAGCCGAGGGAUGACAUGGAGGCCAUUCCGGGCUAUCUCUCUCUUCAUCAAACUGCAGAUCUCAUGACACUGAAGUGGACACCAAACCAGCUGAUGAAUGGCAAUGUUGGAGAGCUGGAUUCUGAAAAGAGUGUAUAUUGGGAUUAUGCCAUAACGAUUCGUUUGGAGGAGAUUGUGUAUCUUCACUGUCAUCAGCAAGUAAACAGUGGUGGGACAGUAGUUUUGGUGAGCCAGGAUGGCAUCCAGAGACCUCCCCUACAUUUUCCCAAAGGUGGUCACCUGCUCCAGUUUCUCACCUGCUUGGAGACGGGUCUGCUACCUCACGGACAGCUGGACCCACCGCUCUGGAAUCAGAGAGGAAAGGGAAAAGUUUUCCCCAAAUUACGAAGAAGAAGUCCACACGGCUCAUGUGAUUCUGUAUCGGAUAAGGAAGACGAUGAAGCAACCGAUUAUGUGUUUCGAAUCCUUUUUCCUGGCAAUCAGAUGGAGUUCAGUACCAUGGCUCUGGAGAUGAUGGAUCAGGGAGUUAAUCUGUGGCAGCCAACCCCAAGAAAGUCCUCGUGCUCCUCUUGCUCACAGAACGGCUCUUCUGACAGCUCUCUACCUAAUGGCUGCAAUCAGGAAAGGGCUCCGUUAAAGCUCCUUUGCGACACAAUGAAAUACCAGAUCAUUUCUCGUGCAUUCUACGGAUGUGAGUACAGACGACUGUUCGAAUGCUUUUUGGAAAUUGGGGAAUCAUUUAAGUUGCUUUGUAUCAAAAGUUUAUGUUCAUCAUUACAGUAUGCUCUUGUUGAGCAUCAGAGGACUUAUUUUUCCUCUGCAGGGCUUGCAUACUGUCGCCAUCUGUCUACGGUCCGGACACAUCUUUCGGCGUUGGUCAGCACUACUAUGGUUGACCCUGAUGUACCCUGUGACACUCGGGGAGGCCUGUCUGUGGAGGUUUGGGGCAAAUAUCUCAAGGACAGCUCUGCCUACCAAGAAAAGGAGAUACACAGGCUCGUGUAUUUUGGUGGUGUUACCCCAUCACUACGCAAAGAAGUCUGGCCCUUCCUAUUGGGACAUUACCAGUUUACCAUGACGGAGAAAUGCAGACUGGAGAUUGACGAACAGAUGCGGAUCAUAUAUGAACAGACUAUGAAGGAGUGGCAGGGUUGUGAGCUCAUUGUCCGUCAGAGGGAGCGGGAGAAGCAUGCCGAAGCCAUCGCUCGAUGUUCUUCCGGAGCGAGUGUGGAAAGAGGGCCCGUACAGCGGGACUCCACCAUCAGCACAGAUUCGUCUCUGUGCAGCUCAGACCAUCAGAAUGCACACUCACAGAGCGAAUCCAGCAGCAGUGAACAGGUAUUUGUAUUGGCGGAGACUGAAUCCAGGGCUGGGGAAGAAGAACCACAGCACAGUAGCCUUGUGAAGGCCACAGAUGGUCCACAACUUCCCUUCUGUAAUCUUUCCGCCCCAAGUGUGUCAAAUCAGCCUCCAGGCGCAGAUGGCAACCUGCUAACUGAGUCAACCAUCAAACCAAACACCUCGCUGACAGCAGAUUCACCAGAAGUCCUCAGUGGGGAAACUUCAGCUGAAGAAAAGAGUCAGCAUCCAACGUGUGAAUCCGGAGGACAGGAUUUAAAACAACCUACUGUCGAGAUCGAGGCUGUAACGCAGAAGAUGUAUACAGGAUUAGGAAAUGAGGAAGUUUUGGAGACGACAGCUGUUAAGUCUAAAGAAACAUUUGAAGCUGAGGCUAAAGACACACCAACUCAUGGAGUUUUAAAAGCUGUAGAUACAAAUAUGAAUUUGAAAUCGGCUCCAGAGAAUACUAAUGUUCUGAAGCUUGAAAAAGAGGUUCAUAAUGAAUAUUUCCAAGCACCUCCACUUGGGCAGACCUUGACCCUUCAGGCACACAAGAGCAAAGAUCAGGAAAGGAAGACACUAUAUCAGCUUGUCACCCAAGGAGAUAUGAAUUCACAUAGUGAAAAAAAGCCAGAAGUUACUAAAAAAUCUGAAAUAACAGAAGCGACAGUUGAAAUCAAAAAGACUGCAGAGAUCCCAUUUGAGAAACCUGGUUCAAAUUCUCCAGUCAGACAAGUGCUGAAUGCUCUUCAGUCAGCAUCAAGGGGCAGCCUUUCGUUAUCGUCUCACUCUCGGCAGUCCCCAGACACAGCCGACUCAGAUGACUCUCCUUCUGCCUUGGAAAUGGAGGACAUUCUUACAGGGAUGACAUGCGUGACAUCAGAGGGCGCCCAGCCCAGGCCUUUGAUGGGACUGGCCACGCCUCCUGUCUCUUUGGCACAAAAAGAGAAGCUGGCAGCUGACUAUCUAGAUCACCAUCUGGACACAGCUUGUAACACCAGUCCUGAGGGGACUGACCUGGGGCUCUCUGAAGAGGAACCUGAGAUGGAUAAUGUACUCACUGAGCCAGAGUCUGCAGAAGCGACAGGAAUGACCAAAUACGAAGAAUCCUCCGAGGAGCAAACCUACUCUCAAGAAACGCUGGACAUGUAUUUGAUCAACUUGCAUCGGAUUGACAAAGACGUCAGACGCUGUGACAGAACCUACUGGUACUUCACUCCUGAGAAUCUGGAGAAGCUGCGUAACAUCAUGUGCAGUUAUGUGUGGCAGCAUUUGGAUACAGGUUACAUGCAGGGCAUGUGUGAUCUGCUGGCUCCCCUGCUGGUUAUUCUUGAUGAUGAGGUAAUGGCGUUCAGUUGCUUCACUGAACUGAUGAAGAGGAUGAACCAGAAUUUUCCUCAUGGGGGUGCUAUGGACUCCCAUUUCGCCAAUAUGCGAUCACUUAUACAGAUCCUGGACUCAGAGCUGUUUGAACUCAUGCAGCAGAAUGGAGACUACACCCACUUCUAUUUCUGUUACCGCUGGUUUCUUCUCGACUUCAAAAGAGAAAUGGUGUAUGAUGAUGUGUUCUCUGCGUGGGAAACCAUCUGGGCAGCCAAGCACACCUCAUCUGAACACUUCGUGCUCUUCAUCGCUCUGGCACUUGUGGAGAUGUAUAGAGACAUCAUUUUGGAAAAUAACAUGGACUUCACGGACAUCAUCAAGUUCUUCAAUGAAAUGGCAGAGCGACAUGAUGUCCCACAGGUCUUGAUGAUGGCCCGAGACUUGGCCCACAAAGUGCAGACUCUCAUAGAAAACAAGUGAUGCAUAAUGCUACAUUCCAUGAUCCCAUGACUCUGUGCUAAAUUGUUUCAGAGAAAAUGACAAAAACCACAUGAUAGUCACAUAUUCCAGGAAGAGUGGUUGGUGUUAAUGAAAGCAGUGUUUAGCAAGUGGUGGACUCAUAACCAGUCAUUUAAGCUGCUUAUUAUUUAAAAAAAAUGUUAUUGGAAAAAAAAAUCUCUACAUUUGUUUCUUUUCAGGAAACGCAAGUAUUAUGAGUUAAUUUAUUUUUGAAAUCUUUUCUUUCACCCAGUGAAUGUACCCUUGUUGAAACCGCAUCAGGAUGUUAUUUAUUUUGCCUUAAAUCGAGUCGUUGUUUCAGGGAUGCAACGACCAAAUUCUCCACUCUCUUUCUAUUCUACCUGAUUGAUUUACUUAAUUUACACAUCUUGUGAGACACUUAAAUAUAUUUUCAGUAUUGUUAUUAUUUAGCUGGAAUGUAGCUUCCACAGUUCAACAUCUUGUGAUAUUUUGAUAUUCCUUUACUUUUUUGUUAUAGUACGUGACAUCCCUAGAUGAUUUGAUUGUCUAAACAUUAAAACAACAAAUAAUCAUUUCAGGGUUUUGUCAGUGAUACAGUUGAUUGUGUCUAAAUUGCAUAUGCUCACAAGGUUGAAUCUCAAUAGCCAUUUUGAGGGCCAAUUUCUGGCCUUUCUGGCAUUUGAUGGCUGUCUUUGUGUGUGCACCUUUGCAGCGUACGACUUUGCAGGAUACACAGACCUAAACUCUGUGCAGACCAGCAGGGGUUCACAUAAUUUUCAACCUGCUGAAGGCUUGUUCAGAUGGUUGCUGCAUAUGUUCAUUACAUUCCUCUUCCUGUAAACUCACAUACUGUUGCUCAGGCUGAACGCUGAGCUGUCGAUUCUCAUAAAAUCAAAACAAGCGGAGUACAGGCCUGACAACAGGUUCUUCUUCCAAGCAGCGUUGUGUGAGCCGUUGUGACAGUCGUCGUUUGUAGUGACAGCAAUGUGCUUCCUUCAUACUCUGCACUUCCCUCUUUCACUUUCUCUACAAAAUCAGCCUAAGACAUUUGCUCGGUCUUGUUCUUCUAGUCACUGUUGCCUUGUCUGUAACAAACUAAUUUGUUUUUGAUUUGGCAACGAAACUGUCAAUUUUUCCUGUUUCUCCUCAUUUUCACAUCAACGUCCUUGUGUUCCACCUGCUAAAACCAGCUUUACUUUUAGCUUUAGCUUCUUGAAUGAUUUGAAGGGUAGAUUUCUUUGACUUUUGACAACCCCCCCCCCCCAUUUUUUUUUUACAUUUUGUGUGCUGAAGAACAAGUUGCCCACACAGCACCAUCCACAUCCAUGCAAUUAUUUAAUUCAUGUAAUCAUUGAAAGGAACAGAAAACUAUGUUUGGUUUCUCUUUCAAUCACCAGAUAAAUUUCUUCACACUUUUUCACUCGAGUGAACACAUUAAAUGUUUACUCAGGAGCUUCCUUUCACUGGCCUGUACUGUGAUGCUGCUCAGAUUGUCAUGAUUUCAUCCUCUAAAAGGAAGAACCACAGUAAGAAAAAAACCUCAUACAGACAAUUGAUAAGUGGUGUCCUGAAAGAAGUAUACAGCCAUAUUAUUAAAAAAUAAUGUUUUUUAAGAGCAAGUUGGAAGACAUAUAGAGGAUUUUCUGAUGAUAAUCUGAAUCAGCACUGUUGAAAGGAAUUUUAUUUGUUUUUCUUUAAGUAAUGAAAAUGACUUAGAAAUGGCAUGUAAUACUCUGCAGACAUUGAAGUCAGAUUAUGAAGAUUUCUUAUAGGGUUCAGCAAUUGAAAUUAUUCUUUUAUUUUGGGGAAGGAGUUCAGAGUGGAUAUUUUAUUAUCUCUGAUAACCAAAAAGCAGGUUGAUAUUCCAGAAUAGGUCAGAUGUGUUCAGUCAGAUUUUAGAUUUUAACUGUGCCCCUUAAAAUAUCUGAAAUACACCCAUGCUCGUUUCACUGUGGCUAACAUUCAAGUGUUUUGCUAUCACCGCUAAUGUGUGUCCAUACAACCUAAGACAUGCCUGAGUAUUGGUGUUUGUGUAUUGCUGUUUGUUGUCAGAAGAUAUAUCUGUCUACAAUGUGAUGAAAUGAAGCAGAAUUAUUGUACAAAGAUACAUAUAAGGUACAUAUUUAAUAAAUGCAAUACUAUGUCUGUAUAUGGGAUUAUGAUUAUGAUGAAAAAAUGAAAUUAUACUGAUGGAAAUAUAUUUUUUUCUGUCUUCUAAAAUGGUCACUGAGUAUAAUUAAUUUAUUGUGUAUUAAAAAUCGUAUAUUUUGCA